AUGGCUACAGGAAAGUCAGAGAAAGCAACGCCCCGUAGCCCCUGGGAACAGCGGUUUGGGGCUCGCUGCUUCCCUCGCCCUGCCGGGAGCCUGGAGUUGCGAAGGGAUGCGGAGAGACCCGGGUUCUUCGGGGGCCCGGGGAAUCUCCUGAGGGCGGCGACCGGCUGUCGGGGGGCGGGGCUGCUGUCGCGGCUGGUGUUAGCUCUCAGUCAAGGCAUUUUAAAUUGCUGUUUGGCAUACAAUGUUGGUCUCCAAGAAGCAAAAAUAUUUUCUGGUCCAUCAAGUGAACAGUUUGGUUAUGUGGUGCAGCAGUUUAUUAAUCCUCAAGGCAAUUGGUUACUGGUUGGUUCACCCUGGAGUGGCUUUCCUGAGAACCGAAUGGGAGAUGUAUAUAAAUGUCCUGUUGAUCCAUCCACUGCUACAUGUGAAAAACUGAAUUUGCAAGCUUCAACAAGCAUUCUGAAUGUUACUGAGAUGAAAACCAACAUGAGCCUUGGCUUGACCCUUACAAGGAACAUGGGAACCGGAGGGUUUCUUACAUGUGGUCCUCUGUGGGCACAACAGUGUGGCAAUCAGUAUUACACAACUGGGGUUUGUUCUGACGUCAGUCCCGAUUUUCAGCUCUUGGCCAGCUUUUCACCUGCAGUUCAGACUUGCCCUUCCUUCAUAGACGUUGUGGUUGUAUGUGAUGAAUCAAACAGUAUUUAUCCCUGGGUCGCAGUAAAGAAUUUUUUGGAAAAAUUUGUACAAGGCCUAGAUAUAAGCCCCACAAAGACACAGGUGGGGUUAAUUCAGUAUGCCAAUGAACCAAGAGUUGUGUUUAAUCUGAACACAUUUAAAACCAAAGAAGAAAUGAUUGUUGCAACAUCCAAAACAUAUCAACAUGGUGGAGACCUCACAAACACAUUCAAAGCAAUUCAAUUUGCAAGAGAUUCUGCUUAUUCAGCAGCUUCUGGUGGACGACCAAGUGCUACCAAAGUAAUGGUAGUUGUGACUGAUGGUGAAUCACAUGAUGGUUCAAUGUUGAAAGACGUGAUUGAUCAAUGUAACAAUGACAAUAUACUGAGGUUUGGCAUAGCAGUUCUUGGGUACUUAAACAGAAAUUUCCUUGAUACUAAGAAAUUAAUCAAAGAAAUAAAAGCAAUUGCUAGUACUCCAACAGAAAGAUACUUCUUCAAUGUGUCAGAUGAAGCAGCUCUACUGGAAAAGGCUGGGACAUUAGGAGAACGAAUUUUUAGCAUUGAAGGUACUGUUCAAGGAGGAGACAACUUCCAGAUGGAAAUGUCACAAGUAGGAUUCAGCGCAGAUUACUCUCCUCAAAACGGUAUCCUGAUGCUGGGUGCAGUGGGAGCUUUUGACUGGAGUGGGACAAUUGUCCAGGAGACAUCUCAUAGACAUUUUAUCUUUCCUAAACAAGCUUUUGAUCAAAUUCUGCAGGAUAGAAAUCACAGUUCAUAUUUAGGUUACUCUGUGGCGUCAAUUUCUACUGGAAAAAGUACCCAUUUUGUUGCUGGUGCUCCUCGGGCAAAUUAUACCGGCCAGAUAGUGCUAUACAGUGUCAAUGAGAAUGGCAAUGUCACCGUUAUUCAGUCUCACAGAGGUGACCAGAUUGGCUCCUAUUUUGGUAGUGUGCUGUGUUCAGUGGAUGUUGAUAAAGACACAAUUACAGAUGUGCUUUUGGUGGGUGCACCGAUGUACAUGAAUGACCUAAAGAAAGAGGAAGGACGAGUCUACCUGUUUACUAUCAUAAAGGGCAUUUUGAAUCAGCACCAAUUUCUUGAAGGCCCCGAGGGCAUUGAAAAUGCUCGAUUUGGUUCAGCGAUUGCAGCUCUUUCAGACAUCAACAUGGAUGGUUUUAAUGAUGUGAUUGUUGGCUCACCAUUGGAAAAUCAGAACUCUGGAGCUGUAUACAUUUACAAUGGUCAUCAGGGCACUGUUCGCACAAAGUAUUCCCAGAAAAUCUUGGGAUCCGAUGGAAGUUUUAGGAGCCAUCUUCAGUAUUUUGGGAGAUCUUUGGAUGGCUAUGGAGAUUUAAAUGGGGACUCCAUCACCGAUGUGUCCAUUGGUGCCUUUGGACAAGUAGUUCAACUCUGGUCACAAAAUAUUGCUGAUGUAGUUGUAGAAGCUUCAUUCACACCAGAAAAAAUCACUUUGUUCAACAAGAAUGCUCAGAUAAUCCUUAAACUCUGCUUCAGUGCGAAGUUUAGACCUACUAAGCAAAAUGAUCGAGUGGCCAUUACAUAUAACAUCACACUUGAUGCAGAUGGCUUUUCAUCCAGAGUAACAUCCAGGGGUUUAUUUAAAGAAAAUAAUGAAAGGUGCCUUCAGAAGAAUGUGUUAGUAAGUCAAACACAGAGCUGCUCUGAACACAUCAUCCAUAUACAGAAGCCCUCUGAUGUUGUCAACCCUUUGGAUCUGCGUGUGAACAUCAGUCUGGAAAACCCUGGCACUAGUCCUGCCCUUGAAGCCUAUUCUGAGACUGCCAAAAUCUUCAGCAUUCCUUUUCAUAAAGACUGUGGUGAUGAUGGACUGUGCAUCUCUGAUCUAGUCCUGGAUGUCCAACAGCUACCAGAUGUGCGAGAACAACCCUUUAUUGUCAGCAACCAAAACAAAAGGCUAACAUUUUCAGUAACACUGAAGAACAAAAGGGAGAGUGCAUACAACUCUGGAGUUGUUGUUGAUUUUUCAGAAAACUUAUUUUUUGCGUCAUUCUCCAUGCCGGUUGAUGGGACAGAAGUAACAUGCCAGGUGGCUUCAUCUCAGAAGUCUGUUACCUGUGACGUAGGCUACCCUGCUUUAAAGAGGGAACAACAGGUGACUUUUACGAUUAACUUUGACUUCAAUCUUCAAAAUCUUCAGAAUCAGGCUACUCUUCGUUUCCAAGCCUUAAGUGAAAGCCAAGAAGAAAACAAGGCAGAUAAUUUGGUCAACCUCAAAAUUCCUCUUCUGUAUGAUGCCGAAAUUCACUUAACAAGAUCCACCAACAUAAAUUUUUAUGAAGUCUCCUCGGAUGAGAACGUUCCUUCUGUCGUGCACAAUUUUGAAGAUAUUGGUCCAAAAUUCAUCUUUUCCCUUAAGGUAACAACAGGAACUGUUCCAGUAAGCAUGGCAUCUGUAAUCAUCCACAUCCCUCAAUACACAAAAGAAAAGAACCCACUGAUGUACCUGACUGGGGUGCACACAGACCAGGUAGGAUAACAAAAUUGCCGUGGUGACAUCAAUCCACUGAAAAUAGGACAAACAUCUUCUUCUGUAUCUUUCAAGAAUGAAAAUUUCCAGCACAUAAAUGAACUGACCUGCAAAACUGCUUCCUGUAGAAAUGUUACCUGCUGGCUGAAAGACCUUCACAUGAAAGGAGAAUAUUUUGUUAAUGUGUCUACCAGAAUUUGGAAUGGGACUUUUGCAUCAUCGACUUUCCAGACAGUACAGCUGAUGGCGGCUGCAGAAAUCCACACCUAUAACCCUCAGAUAUAUGUGAUUGAAGAUAAUACAGUUAUGAUUCCCCUCACAAUAAUGAAACCUGAUGAGAAGGCUGAAGUGCCAAUAGGAGUUAUAAUAGGAAGCAUACUUGCUGGGAUCCUUUUGCUGUUAGCGCUGGUUGCAAUUUUAUGGAAGCUCGGCUUCUUCAAAAGAAAAUAUGAAAAAAUGGCCAAAAAUUCAGAUGAAACUGAUGAAACCACAGAACUCAACAGCUGAACCACCCAGCAGAUGUAAUUGCAAUGGGAACUGACAGCAUCUCAGCCAGGCAUUGCUAUUUGUGUGAAUGGAUUUCUUUUUAAAUCCCAGGGUUGUUUUUUUUUUUGUUUUGU